AUGACCACUUUACUCCUCCUGUUGGUGACCCUCAGGGUCACGGCCGCCGCCGCCAUCUCCAUACAAGUCUCAGUCCCUGACAACUCGCUGAGCGUCAGCAUCCCCGAGCCGUCCCCGCUGCGGGUCCUGCUGGGCACCUCGCUCACCAUCCCCUGCUACUUCAUGGACCCCGUGCACCCCGUGACCACGGCCCCGGCCACGGCCCCGCUCACCCCGAGGAUCAAGUGGAGCCGCGUCUCCGAGGAGAAGGAGACGGUGCUGCUGGUGGCCACGGACGGGCAGGUGCGGGUGCCCGCCGCCUUCCAGGACAAGGUCUCGCUGCCCAACUACCCCGCCAUCCCCAGCGACGCCACCCUGGAGAUCCAGAACCUGCGCUCCAACGACUCCGGGGUCUACCGCUGCGAGGUCACGCAUGGCAUCGAGGACGGCGAGGCCACCGUGGAGGUCGUGGUGAAAGGCAUCGUGUUCCACUACAGAGCCAUCUCCACGCGCUACACCCUGGACUUUGACAGGGCGCAGCGGGCCUGCCUGCAGAACAGCGCCAUCAUCGCCACACCCGAGCAGCUGCAGGCCGCCUACGAGGACGGCUUUCACCAGUGCGACGCCGGCUGGCUGGCCGACCAGACUGUCCGGUACCCCAUCCACGUCCCUCGGGAAGGCUGCUACGGGGACAAGGACGAGUUUCCUGGCGUGAGGACCUACGGCAUCCGCGACACCAACGAAACCUACGACGUGUACUGCUUCGCCGAGGAGAUGGAGGGUGAGGUUUUCUACUCCACGUCUCCCGAGAAGUUCACCUUCCAGGAGGCCGCCAGCGAGUGCCGGCGGCUGGGCGCCCGGCUGGCCACCACGGGCCAGCUGUACCUGGCCUGGCAGGGCGGCAUGGACAUGUGCAGCGCCGGCUGGCUGGCCGACCGCAGCGUGCGCUACCCCAUCUCCAAGGCCCGGCCCAACUGCGGGGGCAACCUGCUGGGCGUGAGGACCGUGUACCUGCACGCCAACCAGACCGGCUACCCCGACCCCUCGUCCCGCUACGACGCCAUCUGCUACACAGGUGAAGACUUCAUCGACAUCCCCGAGAACUUCUUCGGGGCGGGCGGCGAGGAGGACAUCACGGUGCAGACGGUAACCUGGCCAGACGUGGAGCUGCCGCUGCCCCGGAACAUCACGGAGGGCGAGGCCCGGGGCAACGUGAUCCUCACGGUGAGGCCCAUCUUCGGCGGCGGCGGCGGCUCGCCCACGGCCCCCGAGCCCGAGGAGCCCCUCAUCCAGGCCACCGCCUUCCCCGGGGCCGAGAACGGGACCGGGGCGGGGCCCUGGGCCUUCCCCGGAGCAUCCACGCCUGGCCGGGGCCCCUUCACCGGCGAGGACCUGGUCGUGCAGGUGACGGCAGCCCCCGGCGAAGCCCAGGUGCCCGGGCAGCCACGACUGCCAGGGGGGGUCGUGUUCCACUACCGCCCCGGCUCUGCCCGCUACGCGCUGACCUUCGAAGAGGCCCAGCAGGCCUGCCUGCGCACCGGCGCCGUCAUCGCCUCGCCCGAGCAGCUGCAGGCCGCCUACGAAGCCGGCUACGAGCAGUGCGACGCUGGCUGGCUGCAGGACCAGACCGUGAGGUACCCCAUUGUGAGCCCGAGGACCCCGUGCGUGGGUGACAAGGACAGCAGCCCGGGGGUCCGGACCUACGGCGUGCGCCCCCCGUCAGAAACCUAUGACGUCUACUGCUACGUGGGCAAGCUUGAAGGGGAGGUGUUCUUCGUCACACGCCCGGAGCAGUUCACCUUCCAGGAGGCCCUGGAGUCCUGCCAGUCCCACAACGCCUCGCUGGCCUCCACCGGCCAGCUCUAUGCCGCCUGGAGCCUCGGCCUGGACAAGUGCUACGCCGGCUGGCUGGCCGACCGCAGCCUCCGCUACCCCAUCGUCACGCCCCGGCCGGCCUGCGGCGGGGACAAGCCCGGCGUGAGGACCGUCUACCUCUACCCCAACCAGACGGGCCUCCUGGACCCGCUGUCCCGGCACCACGCCUUCUGCUUCCGAGGUGUCUCAGCUGCGCCCUCUCCCGGAGAAGAUCGGGGUGGCACGCCCACACCGCCCUCAGACGUGGAGGACUGGAUCACCCCCCACGUGGGGCCCGGUGUGGCCGCUGUCCCCUCUGGGGAGGAGACCACCGCCGUCCCAGACUUCACCGCGGAGCCAGAAAACCGCACGGAACGGGAGGGAGCCUACACCCCAGCGGGCACCUUGCCGCUGCCAGGGGUCCCUCCUACAUGGCCUUCCACGAGCACAGCCACGGAGGAGAGCACAGAAGGCCCUUCAGCCACUGAAGUGCCCUUGGCCUCGGAGGAGCCAUCCCCCUCAGAAAUGCCAUCUUCCUCGGAGAUGCCAUCCCCCUCAGAAAUGCCAUCUUUCUCGGAGAUGCCAUCCCCCUCAGAAAUGCUAUCCCCCUCCCAGGAGCCGCUGUUCACACCUUCACCCCCGGUGCCCAGCGGCAUGGAGGUGCCAGGCUCCGGGGAGCCGUCCGGGGCCCCAGAAGCCAGUGGCGACUUCUCAGCCAGCGGAGAAGCCUCCGGACACCCGGGCGCCACGGGGCAGCCCCCGGAAGACCUUGACUCCCGUGGUGUCACCUUGCCGGCGGGCUCGGGCCUGCCAGUGGGGAGUGGGCUGGCCUCGGGGGAUGAAGAUGGAGUCACGUGGUCCAACACGUCUCAAGUGGGCCGGCUGCCUCCUGGGGGUGAGGGUCUGGAAGGCUCUGCCUCCGGAGGAGAGGACCUGGGUGGACUUCUUUCUGGAGGUGAGACUCUUCCAGAAAGUUCUACCUCUGGAGGAGAGGACCUCAGUGGACUUCCUAGUGGAGGUGAGGGUCAUCUGGAGACGUCUACCUCUGGAGUAGACCUGGGCGGACUUCCUUCUGGAGGUGGGACUCUUCCAGAAAGUUCUACCUCUGGAGUAGACCUGGGUGGACUUCCUUCUGGAGGUGAGACUCUUCCAGAAAGUUCUACCUCUGGAAUAGACCUGGGUGGACUUCCUUCUGGAGGUGAGACUCUUCCAGAAACUACUGCUUCUGGAGUAGAGGAUCUUGGUGGACUUCCUUCUGGAGGUGAGACUCAUCUGGAGACAUCUACCUCUGGAGCAGACCUGGGCGGACUUCCUUCUGGAGGUGAGACUUUUCCAGAAAGUUCUACCUCUGGAGUAGACCUGGGUGGACUUCCUUCUGGAGGUGAGACUCUUCCAGAAAGUUCUACCUCUGGAGUAGACCUGAGUGGACUUCCUUCUGGAGGUGAGACUCAUCUGGAGACAUCUACCUCUGGAGUAGACCUGGGCGGACUUCCUUCUGGAGGUGAGACUUUUCCAGAAACUACUGCUUCUGGAGUAGAGGAUCUUGGUGGACUUCCUUCUGGAGGUAAGACUCAUCUGGAGACAUCUACCUCUGGAGUAGACCUGAGUGGACUUCCUUCUGGAGGCGAGACUCUUCUAGAAGGUUCUGCCUCUGGAGGAGAGGACCUCAGUGGAUUUCCUAGUGGAGGUGAGACUCAUCUGGAAUCAUCUACCUCUGGAGUAGACCUGGGCGGACUUCCGUCUGGAAGAGACGGCGUGGAGCCCUCUGCCUCCAGAGCAGGGGAGGACCUCAGUGGCCUUCCUUCUGGGGGAGAGGGCCUAGGGGCCUCUGGCUCUGGGCCCGAGGACCUCAGCGGGCUGCCUUCCGGAAGCGAAGGCUGGACGGGAUCAGCUUCUGGAGACCUGGACCUGGGCGGCCUGCCUUCUGGAACUCUCGGGAGCGGGCAGGCCCCGGAAGCCAGCGGCCUUCCCUCGGGAUUCGGCGGGGAGUAUUCCGGCGUGGACCUCGGAAGCGGCCCCUCCUCCGGCGCCCCGGACGCCAGCGGGCUCCCGACCGUCUCCUUGGUGGACACCACGCUGGUGGAGGUGGUCACGGCCCCCACCGCGGGGGAGCUGGAAGGCCGGGGCACCAUCGGCGUGAGCGGCGCCGGCGAGGUAUCCGGGCUGCCCUCCGGCGAGCUGGACAUCAGUGGGGAUGCGAGCGGGUUCCCGUCGGGAGCCGAAUUCAGCGGGCAGCCCUCGGGACCUCCUGACGCCAGCGGGGAAGCCUCUGGAUCCUUCGGGGUCAGUGGCCAGCCCUCCGGAUUCCCCGACGUCAGCGGGGCGACAUCUGGACUCUCUGAGCUCAGCGGGCAGCCCUCGGGGUCUCGGGAGGAAGCUUCCGGAAUGGCCGAGCUCAGCGGACAGCCCUCCGGGCAGCCGGGCGCCAGCGGAGACGCUUCCGGAGACCUCGGCAGCGGCCGCCCCUUUGGCAUCGUCGACCUGAGCGGGGAGCCAUCCGGGGUCCCCGACCUCAGCGGGCAGCCGUCGGCGGGGUGGCCAUGGUUCAGCGGGAUCCCCGACCCGGGUUCCAGCGCGGCGAGCGGCAGCGGCGACGCCUCCGGGGUCACGUUCGUGGACGGCCCUCUGGUGGAGGUGACCCCGACCCCGUUUGAGGGAGCAGAAGAGGAAGGUUUGGGGUCCGUGGAGCUCAGCGGCCUCCCUUCGGGGGGGACGGACCUCUCGGGCGCCUCGGGCACGGCGGACGCCAGCGGGCAGCCGUCCGGGGCCACGGACGCCAGCGGGUGGGCACCGAUGCCUCCGGACCUCAGCGGCCUGCCCAGCGGGGAAGCCUCGGGAGCCGAGGCGGGGAGCGGCGGCAGCGGCUUCCCCACCGUCUCGCUGGUGGACAGGACUCUGGUGGAAUCCGUCACCGGGCCUCCGACGGCCCAGGAGGCGGGAGAGGGGCCUUCGGGCAUCCUGGAACUCAGCGGCGCCCAUUCCGGAGACCACUCGGGACUGCCCGAGCUGGGCGGGCUGCCGUCCGGGCUGGGCGAGCCCUCGAGCACCCCCUAUUUCAGCGGGGACUUUUCGGGCGCCCCCGAAAUAAGCGGGGAGUCUUCGGCCACCGCGGCGAUCCCCGGCGGGGAGGUCACUCUGAUCACGUCUGAUUUUGUGGAGGCUGUCACCGCCCCGACGGUCUUCCAGGAACUGGGCCAGGGACCCCCUCUGACGCACGCCCCCCAGCUUUUCGAGGCCAGCGGAGACGCCUCCACAUCGGGGGACCUCAGCGGAGCCACGCCCGGCUUCCCCGGGUCAGGGGCCGAAGCGUCGUCGGUCCCAGAAUCCGGCAGCCAGACGCCUGCUUAUACGGAGGCCGGGAUGGGGGCGUCUGCGGCUCCUGAGGCCAGCGGGGCGGCUCCGGGGACCCCCGACGUGGGUGAAACCACCCCCGCCGUCCACGAAGCAGACCUGGAGGGAGGCUCAGGCCUCGGGGUGAGCGGCGGCAGCCCCUUUCCCUCCCAGGAAGGGCCCACGGAGGGCUCCUUCCCGUCGGGGAUGAGCGGAGAGCCGACCACCGCCUACGAGGCGGCCACGGACACCUCGGGCUGGCCUCCGGCCGCUCCCCUGGCUUCCGGGGACGGGACGGAAAUCAGCGGAGACCUUCCGUCCGGGCAGGCCUCGGGGCUGGGCGUUGUCAUUGGGACCAGCGCCCCAGAGUUCGAAUGGACCCAGCAGACCCAGCGCCCUGCAGAGGCGCACCUCGAAACGGAGUCCUCCAGCCCCUGGCACUCGGGAGAAGAGGCCCUAACAGCCCAGACAGCCGUCUUCCCGACGGACGCUUUUUCCAUCCCAACUUCGGCAGAAGGGACAGAAGGAUCGGAGGCAACCGCGACAGACCAGGCGCUGUGCGAGGACGGCUGGACCAAGUCCCAGGGCCACUGCUACCGCCACUUCCCCGAGCGCGAGAGCUGGGUGGACGCCGAGAGCCGCUGCCGGGAGCACCAGGCCCACCUGAGCAGCAUCCUCACCCCCGAGGAACAGGAGUUCGUCAACAACAACGCUCAGAACUACCAGUGGAUUGGCCUCAACGACCGGAGCAUUGAAGGGGAUUUCCGCUGGUCAGACGGACACUCCCUGCAAUUUGAGAACUGGCGCCCCAACCAGCCCGACAACUUUUUCGCCUCCGGGGAGGACUGCGUGGUGAUGAUCUGGCACGAGAAGGGCGAGUGGAACGACGUGCCCUGCAAUUACCACCUGCCCUUCACGUGCAAGAAGGGCACAGUGGCCUGCGGAGAGCCCCCCGCGGUGGAGCACGCCAGGACCUUCGGCCGGAAGAGGGAGCGCUACGAGAUCAACGCGCUGGUGCGGUACCAGUGCACCGAGGGCUUCGUCCAGCGCCAUGUGCCCACCAUCCGGUGCCUGCCCAGCGGGCACUGGGAGAAGCCCCGCGUCACCUGCACAGACCCCGCCACCUACAAGCGCAGACUACAGAACCGGAGUCCCCGGGCCGCCCGGAGGAGCCGCCCCAGCACGGCCCACUGA